AUUAAUACAAUUAAUUUGUAUUAUUAAUACAAUUAAUAAUAAUUAUAUCUCCUCAUUCUCUGGUUUUUUUUUCCGGCACUGUUCUUGCUUCUUCUUUCUCAUCGGCACCGGUGAAAUCGGUGGCGACACAGAAGAAACAAAGAGAGAAAAUUUUGGCCAGGAAAGUAUAUAUAUUUUCCGAUUUUUAAGGAAUUUUUGUUUUGGCGGAGAUCAUGGUGGCGAGCUGUUGUGGAGCUUGAUGGCGCCCUAGAGAGUGGACUGCGGAGGUCGGUGGAUCUCCUUGUGGUUACUGAUCUAGUGGUGUCGGUGUUGGAGUUUAGGCUGUUUGGGGCUAGAUUAAUCUAUGCAUGGAGGAGAGGGAGGGAGUGGUACCUUCUCCGGAAGUGGUGGAAGCAUCUGGGAGUUACCAGCCCCCGCCGCCUGCGGCGUCGGAUCCGGCGGCAGAUGCUGUGAGGGAUAAGAAGCCUGCUAGCGAGGUUGCUGCAGCGACUAAGGCAACUGGAGUUGCGGUAGGGCCUCCGAUCGCGGUGGCGGGAGAUGCCGGGGAGGUUUCGGGGCUGUUGAAGAAGAAGAGAGGGCGGCCGAGGAAGAACGGGCCGGACGGAACCCCGCUACGGCCGUUGAACCCGAUGCCACUCUCGGCAUCUGCGCCGGCCAACGUUCAGUACACGUCGGCGGCUGCGGUGGGGACGGUGAUGAAGAGGGGUAGAGGGCGAGCGGUGGGUCUGGCGAGCAAGCCGUCUACGCAGUUCAGUCUCCAGGCGGAGCAUUUAUCCCCAGGUGGUUUUGCUGAGCAAACAACCAUCGCAGGGGAGAUGGUUGCCUGCUCUGCAGGUGCAAAUUUCGCACCGCAUAUAAUAACUGUUGCUGUUGGAGAGGAUGUUACCAUGAAGAUAAUAUCUUUUUCACAACAAGGUCCUCAAGCUAUUUGUAUCUUAUCUGCCAAUGGUAUUAUCUCAAAUGUGACACUUCGCCAGCCUGAUUCAGGUGGCGGUACAUUAACUUAUGAGGGCCGUUUCGAACUGCUAUCCUUAUCUGGAUCGUUCAUGCCAACUGAAAAUGGAGGAACAAGAAGCCGAGCCGGCGGCUUGAGUGUUUCAUUGGCAAGUCCUGAUGGUCGAGUUAUUGGUGGAGGAGUUGCUGGCCUACUGGUAGCUGCAAGUCCCGUGCAGGUUGUGGUAGGAAGUUUCUUGCCAAGUUACCAGAUGGAGCAGAAGAUAAAGAGGUCAGGAGUUGAAGUUGGGUCAGUAUCUACACCAACAUCUACAAUUCCACUCUCGAGAACAGACACGGAGGAAGCAUUCAGUAGCAGUCAGUCACAGCCUAGUUCAGCGAUCGCCAAGCCAGGUCCUUCGACAACACCAGGUUUCAGAGUGGAAAAUUGGUCUCCGCCACAGUCAACGACUGCCCCACGGAGCACCGCAAUGGACAUAAACAUAAGCUUGCCUGGAGGGUGAAACAAGAAAAAGGCAAAAGGAUUUCUUCUUUCUCAAUUGAUAGGCAUUUAUUUCUCGACUGGGAAUCAUCUCUUCUGAUCAGAACUAGGCACAUAUAUGUGCAUUGUCCAAAACUCCCUGACGUUUGCGUUGUUAGAUUGCAUUUUACUGUAUCAUGGAUGAUGAAACUUGCACGGUUUGUUGUAUGGAUCGGUAGCUCCGUUAGCUCUCUUG